CAAACGGCCCUGCUCAAACAACCCCAUCCCCCCAGCCCUUUCUCUCUAACUCAACGCAAGUACCCAACCGGCCAACCCUAAACCUUCUGGGAACCCAGCCAUCAGCCCCCAUCCCUCUUCAAAUUCAUAACCGAACUCUUCUCCUCCGGUAGAACGUGCUGUCGCCGCCGGCGGAGACAGACCGUGGGUGCUAUCUGCGUGGCCCUCUUCUCAUCGUUCCUCCUCUCCUCGCCGUGGGUCGUCGCUGCUUCUCCCUUCUCACCGUGCGUCGUUUCUGCUUCUCUGCUCCUCGUCGUUUUUGGCUGUCGCCCCUUCUUUUCACUGUCACCGUUAGCUCACUCAGUCUCACACUCUCCGAACUCACUCUGUCAUCGCCGUUCAUCUCUCGCCAUCUCUCCGUUCAAUGACCGGUUCGGUUCUCGCAACCUUGCCAAAACUCUCUUCUAUCUCUCUGGGCUGCACUGCUGCUGGAAGAACUGUCGGUGGCGCGCCAGGCAGCACCAUCCGGCUCCAGUUCCUCCUCCUCUAGCUUCCCUCUCUGCUAUUCUCUCUGCCUUCUGCCGAAGCCGCUGCAAGCUGUCUCACUGCUACUCGCUGGCUAGCUGCUCACCGCCGCUGUUCGCCAGCACUCCUCGCAGCUGCAAGCCACAGGUAUUCAAGUUUCGAAUUUGGUUAUGAUUGAGUAGAAAACUUUGAAUCACAAAUGGCAAGUCUUUCUGUGUUACCAGUGAACUACUCAGGUUUCUUUCGUCAAAUUAGAGAAACUAAUUAUCUUAGAUCAAAGUUUUUGGGGAGAGUUGAUUAUGGCAGAGAUGUUUCUCUUCCACCAGCAAAUAUUUGUAAUUUGAAGAUUAAACCAAGAUAUGCAGACCCCAUUCAUACCAAAUUUGUGAUGUAUGCGGCGAGUAAUGGUCAUCAUCUACGUUCUGAUGAUGGUUUGGCUCAGGAACCCUUUCUGCUAACAUUGAUCAAGGAAACCUUAUGGGGGCUAAAAUCUUUGUUUGUAUUUUUGAUUGAGCAACCUAGCCAACUAAAGUACAUAGAGUGGCCAAGCUUUAGUUCUACGCUGAGGACUGCAACUCUGACGCUUGUUCUUGUUGCGCUACUUAUUGUCGCCUUAUCAACCGUUGAUUCGGCUCUCUGCUAUGUUUUGGCUUUGUUUCUCCGUAAAGCCCCAUAACUAUACUUACAUUACAUGUACCAUAUAAGCAUAUACUAUAAUAUUGUAACACUAUCGUUGAUGCAUCUAGAACCGACUCAAGCAACUUGGCAUUUUCUUCCUUUUCUCUUUAGCAGACUAAUAAUUUAUGAAAGAUUAACAUAUUGAUAA